AUGCAUGUGAAAAUCGGUGACUUUGGCUUUGCUUCUGUUUUACUAGAUCCAAAGGCCCGUAAACGACACACUGGUAUGCCAAGCUAUAUGGAACCAGAGAUCUUAUUUAGAAACAAUGGCUAUAUCCACAAAGUUGAUGCGUGGUCCAUUAGUAAUAUGAUGUGGAUCAGAGCGAAUUGGAAAAAGCCUUUUUAUGAACUACCAAGUCACCUUAUUGAUGAUGCUAAGGAUUUGGUCACAAAAGUUCUCAUCAACAACCCUCUGGCAACAAAAGCUCGCGAAAAAUCCAAAGUGUCUAUUCUCGAAACAUUGGUACGUGCUUCACGGGAGCUUCUGGAAGAAGCCAAGAACAAUGAUGCGACUACUUGUCAAGGAAUCCUUGAUAUGGAAUGGUCUCAUUCGAACGUAUUCAUGGAGCGGCAACUAAAGGUGUACGCAUUAAAAGAUGCUGUGAGGACAGACGACGAGUUCCUGAAGAGCGCACUUGUAUUUGCUCGCGCCGUACUGGAUGAGCAAGUUAUCGCGUAUGGCUAA